CUAAGAUCCCCAUUCCGGUCCCUAUCCCUGUCCCCCAAAGUCCUCUCAUCUUCCUCCGCAGGGGUCAUCCCUGUCCCCUUACCCAGUGGGAUCCAUCCUGGUCCCUGUCCCCAUCCCCAUUCUUCUCCCCCAAGGUCCCCAUUCCCAUUGCUGUCCCCAUCCCUGUCUUGCAAGGUCUCCCCAUCCUUGUCCCCAAGGGGGUCAUCCCUGUCCCCCUACCCAGUGGGGUCAUCAUGGUCCCCAUUCCCAUUGCUGUCCCCAUCUCUGUCCCCCAAGGUCCCUCCAUCCUCCUCUGCAAGGGUCACCCCUGCCUGCAGGCAGCGUCACCACAUGGACAAAGUCACCACAUGGGGCAGAGUCCCUGUGGGACAGCAUCACCGUGGGCCAGUGUCCCCAUGGAUCAGAGUCCCCCUGUGGGGCAGGGUCACUGUGGGGUUGGAUCAUGUGAUGGGGCAGGGUCAUCCCAUGGGGCAGGGUCCCCAUAGGUCAUGGCCAUGGGGUGAGAGCAUUGGGGACGUGGGUGGGUGCUGGGGACAUGGGUGGUGGCCAUGGAGUGAGAGAGUUACGGACAGUGGUGGGUGCUGGGGACAUGAGUGGUGGCCAUGGAGUGAGAGAGCUACAGACGUUGGUCGGUGCUGGGGACAUGGGAGAUGGCCAUGGAGUGAGAGGGCUACGGACAUUGGUGGGUGCUGAGGACAUGGGUGGUGACCAUGGGGUGAGACUGUUGGGGACAUCGAUGGUGACCAUGGGGUCAGAGCACUGUAGAUGUUGGUGGGUGCUGGGGACAUGGGUGGUGGUAAUGGGGACACAGCAUUGGGGACAUGGAUGGUGGCCAUGGGGAGAGAGUGUUGGGGACGUGGGUGAGUGCUGGGGACACAGGUGGUGACCAUGGGUGACAUCGUUGGGCGUGUUGGUUGAUGCUGGUGUUGGGACUCAGAGCGUGGGCCUGGAUGUGUGCUGAGGCCAUGGCCAAUGGUGGUGGCACCGUGGCUUUGUGGCUGUACCCUGGCACAAGGCCAUGACCGAUGGUGGUGGCCGAGGGCCGUUUCCUGCUGUUAAUCACCGCUAAUUGGCUUUGCGCAGCCCCAUGUAGCCCACAGGGGUGGUGAGGACGACGUCGCCCUAAGAGGAUUUCCCUGCUCCUCCUUCAAGCUUGGGCACCGCGGGGUCCUGCUCCUUGCCCACCCAUGCCACGCUCGCGGGGGGACAAAGGGGUCCCCAAGGACACGGAGACCCCAGACAAGGGGAAAGGGGGAGAGGUGGGUGAGAAAAGCCCCAAAGCUCACGAAGACGGAGGCACCUCAGGCACCAAAAGCCCCGGCUCUGAGUCCCGGCAUGGUGGCCACGGGCAGAAGAACAGCAAGAAGGGGGCUGGGGACGCCCACAGCGCGGCCACCAAGACCUACUCGCCCUUCCUCAACACCGUGUUUGGCAAGGAGCGGGAGCUGUCACCAGAAGAGCUGGAUGAGCUGUUGGAUGCCUUCAAGGAGUUCGACACGGACCAGGAUGGGUACAUCAGCUACAAGGACCUGGGCGCCUGCAUGCGCACCCUGGGCUACAUGCCCACCGAGAUGGAGCUCAUUGAGAUCUCCCAGCACAUCAAGAUGAGGAUGGGCGGCCGCGUGGACUUUGAGGACUUUGUGCAGAUGAUGGGGCCAAAACUGCGGGAGGAGACGGCCCACAUGGUGGGCGUCAGGGAGCUCAAGAUCGCCUUCCGGGAGUUCGACAUGAACGGGGAUGGCGAGAUCAGCAGCACGGAGAUGCGGGAGGCCAUCGCGGCGCUGCUGGGGGAGCAGCUGAAGGCGCAGGAGGUGGAUGAGAUCCUGCAGGACGUAGACCUCAACGGGGACGGGCGCGUGGACUUUGAUGAGUUCGUUAUGAUGCUGUCAACGCGGUAACAAAGCCUCAGUGCAGGAGAAGACCUCCCAGAUCCUCAGCAGGAGGUCCCUGCCAGCCAACUGGCCCAGCCUCUCUGCCAUCAUUAGGGUUCAGAGUGAACAGCUGGAGCUGAGGUCACAUCUGGGAAUGGGGUGGACGUGAGAACCUCAACCUCACCAGCGUCCGGAGGGGGGUGGGUGGCGGUGC